UGGGAAGCGUUUCCCUUUCAAAUGAUGCAAUUAAAGGGGAGGCUAUGCAGCUGAUUCAUGAUAAGUUGGAAAUAAAGAUAUUAUCAGUCCUUAAGGAUCUGCUUUUAUCUGCACCUUUUGAAAAGUUUGAUGUUGAAUUGGUUGGACUUUGGGCGGACGAAACUAUUGUUGAAGAUACCCUGAUUUUGGAUAUUUUGUUCCUCGUUUAUUAUGAUAAUUUCUGUGUUUGCAAUGCUGCACAAUGGAUGAGUUUAUGCUCAUUAUUCAAGGAUAUACUUGGAGGUGCCUAUAGCAUUGAAAAUUUGGCGAUUUCAGUUGAAGCAAGUGCUUCAUUUAAUCAUGCUAAAGCUCAACUACUUAUCAUUCUUAUUGAAACUUUAGAUCUGGAAAAUCUUCUUCGCAUGGUUCAUGAUGAAGUGCCUUUUCGUGAAGGUGGUUCUAUCUUUUCCCUGCAAGAUGUUCAGGAAAUAGAUUUUCUCGUUUCCACCUUUUCUAGGUUGGGAACGUUUGAAUCAGGACCUUUGUAUCUUGCUUGGGCAGUUUUCAUCUGUUUGCUUUCGUCACUUCCAGAUAUAAAAAAUCAAAAUAUUCUCACAGAAAUUGAUCAUGUUGAUUAUGCCCGCCAAGCAUUUGAGGUUGGAACAUUCAACUAUUUGCUUGACGUUCUUCGUAGUGAUUGUUUGAGGUAUUCGGAUGGACCAAUUUCCGGUUUUUUGAACAUUUUGCGAACAUUCAUCUCUGCAUUUAUCGCUUCUUAUGAACUUAAUCAUCAGCCUGAAGAAAACUUGCUAAGGUUGAUUUUGGACGUACUUUGUGAAAUCUACAAAGGGGAGGAAUCCCUUUCAAUUCAGUUCUGGGACAGAGAUAGUUUUGUUGAUGGGCCGAUUCGAUCUUUGCUCUAUAUGCUGGAAAGUGAAUACCCGUAUCAGAUAACUGAACUUCUCCAUUUACUAUCUUCGCUUUGCAGCGGAUCCUGGUCUGCGGAGUGCGUGUUCAAUUUUUUAGAAAAAAUGAAUGGUAUGACGGGGUUAUAUGAGAGCCCUACAGAAUCCGAACUCAUGGAUGUUUAUGACGUAGUUGAAGCUGAGCAAAGAAUCCCCAUUUCUGGUGUUGAAGGUGUUUUUAUCCCACCUGGAACCCGUGGUCAGAUAUUGAAGAUUGUAGGUGUAAAUAUUGCACUUGCUCGUUGGGAGUGUACACAUUCAGGAAUUUAUCUUUUAGCUUUACGCGUGGCAUCCCAUCCAAGUGGGCAUGAUGAAGUAAAACUUAUUCUUAACCUACUUAAUCGGCUGCUUUCAUCUAAUCCGGCUUUGUGUUUUAAUUUGCUGCAUUUGGAUGAAUCCUUGUAUACUCAAGCAGCUCGAAAUAGUGGGCUUAUUGAACAAAAUAUGUGCAUUGAUAUAGUGAGGGUAAUCAGCUCCUUAACUGUUCGUUUUAUUGAGGAUGGUGGACAUGCAAGUACUGUUGCCAUAUGCCUCAAUAUUUUGGGGCAAAUGAUAAAGUGCGCACCUUCUCACGUUAUUGGUAUGGUCUUGAGUUCGAAUAUCUUUGGUACACCAAAUAUUAAUUCAUCAAGUGGUGCGUGGCUACUUUCUGGUGAAUUUUCUAGAAUGCUUUUAGAUGGCCAGGAGGAGGAAAAUGGAUGUUUUUUGCUGACAACAUCAGUACUUGACUUAACUGUCCAGCUUAUUAAGAAAGGCACCUGGGAUAAUUUAGUCAGCGCACUUGUUGUGUUUGCUCUGCGAUAUAUAUUUGUUAACCACAUGCAUAAGCAGUACAAACUGAAGUCUGGGCACUGGAAAGUAAUUUUGAAGGUUUUAAAUGUGAUGAAAAGUUGUGUUAAUGGUGCCAGAGGCUCUCACAUGCCUGGCCACUUGAUCCGGGACAUUUUAUAUUUUGACUCCUCCAUUCUUAGUAGCUUAUGUCGGCUUUUGUAUAUAUCAGAACAAGCAUUGGAGAAAUCAAGUUUAAGCGCUUGGUAUGGCUUGAAGGAAGCUGAAGACUUGCAAGAGGUUUCCUGCUCUGUAUUGGACAUUUUAUAUUAUUUAUUGGGUCAUUUGUCGAAGGGAACAUUGUCCGCUUCGCUACCUUUUAUUCAAAUUCUGCUGCCUUCCUCAAGCAAGCCUGCUUCUGUUUUCAACACCGCAUUAUCAUUGGUGACAUUAUUUUCAAAUGAAGCAGUUCAAGUAGCUGCAACCAAAUUUCUUUCUAUGCUGUGUGUUAUAGCAUCACGACUUCAACCAUUUUCGCUAGGGAGUAUUACUCUUGCCAAUGAUCUUCAGAUUGGCAAUUUAACUGCUGCCAUCUGUCGUAUUUUAGAAGAGGAACCAUGCAAAAGAAAGGAUUUUCUUAUCUCUGUCCUCGAACUUCUUUAUUCCGCUGCUUGUUUUCAGCCAUCUUUCUUUCUGCCCAUAAUUUCAUCACAUGUUGAAGAAGAAGGUUCGGACUUUAGGAACAAGUUUGUGCAGGCUCCUCUUGUGAACCAAAUAAAUUCUCGAAGGAAAAGUGCCAUUGAUUUAGUCCUUAAAUAUGUGGAUAGAUCUGAACUUCUUAUUAGUAGUGAUCCUCGUUUAUUGAUGAGCACUCUUAAUUUCUUGAAAUCAUUAUGGGAUGGUGGUGUUCUGUAUAUGGAUACAUUAGAGAAGGUUAGAAAGUCUUCCAGUUUCUGGGAGCACUUAUCUUCUAUACUUGCAAGCGGACUUUCCUUCGAUCACUGUUUAAAAGAUCUGAGUGAUGAUGACAUACAGCAUGACAGAUAUAGGUACGGUUGUCAAGGGAUCGUCUUGGAAAUCAUGGCACGGGAACUCCUUUUGCUGGAUAAGGAAUAUCAGAAUGAGAUUUAUGGAACAGAAGCUUCAAGCAAUAACUCAACAAAAAUUGAUAAAAAUAGAUUGAUAUUUGAAGCUUCACAAUCUUCGGUGAAAUUUCUACAAAAUGGCGUCUUAUCGAACUGGAAUGAAGGUUCUGUAAUGGAUACCCUUGUGAAAUCAUAUUCUUCAGGUGGAUAUGAUACACAAAUUGUUUCUCAUGCCAAGCUGGCUGCUUGUGUGUUAAUUGUGCAUUUGAUGCGUACACUGUUAGAUGGUAAAGCCGAGUGCCUAUCCGUACCACUAGUUGGGAUGAUUCACAUGAUUAAAGAUAAGUUGCUGCAAAAUCCUUCCUUUUCUGCCCUUCUUGAACAAUACUCUUUCCAAGGUUAUAGUGAUGGAAAGGAAGUGAGCCGUCUCGUGCUCCAUGAUCUUUAUCACCACCUACUGGGAGAGAUGGAGGGCCGAUUGAUAGCUCCUGGUCAUUUUCAAGAGCUCUCAGGUUUCCUUCUUAAUCUUGAAAUUUUCCAGUGUAAAGAAAGCAUGAAUGAGAAGGAUUUGUGGGGCACUGAUGUUAUGAUGUAUGACAUCCCUAACAUAAGAGCUGAGCUAGGGUUUGAUCUGUGGGAUAAAUCGGAGUGGAAGGUAGCCAAAGAAUUUGGAGAGAAAAUGCUGUCUCACAUGCAUGCGGCAAAUCUAAUGAUAUCCUUAGCAGACUCGAAGAGUUUUUCUCUGAAAGCUUUGAUUUCUAUAAUUCUGUUGCACCAUGGAAUGGUGCGCAAAUCAAAAUCGACAAUAACCAGCAAUGGAAUUUCCGACACAUUCAUUGAUAGGAGCAUUAUACAUAUUUGCAGAUGCAUACAUUCCACAGAAAAAUCCCUUUUUCAACUUCUAAACCCUUCUGAGAAAUUGUUAGAGCUGCUCACAACUCAAGCAGAAAUGUUGCUUGUUUUCUCCAGGAUCUUAUUCAUGCAACAUUCUCAUAGAAACAACAAGCAGCAGCUAUUUUCUGUUUCGUUAACUCUGAUACGAACUUCUGGCUCAUGUUUGAAGUUACUGGCUACGAAUAAACUAUCUUCUAUGCUCAAAAAUGCUGCAAAAUUUUUUCUCAUGGUGCUACUGAUGUCCAUAGAAUUCAUACAUGAUGAAUUUGCUUUAGAUGAAAGUCUGCUUUCUGAAACAUCUCAAUCGAUUGUGGGAAUAUUACCUCUACUCUGCAAAUAUGUUGAGCAUAUUGAAUGGUUCGAUCUGUCGGUCACAUCAAUGGACUCGAUUCUCCGAAACUUUUUGGCACCUGAUAUUUCAUUGCCAAUUUUACAUGAGAAUCUUCCUCUAAAUCUUCUUAUUGAAAUUCUACGUCGAAGAAGUUCUCUAGCUUCAAUUACAAUAGCCUUGAAUCUCUUGUUAACGUUGGCACAAACAAAAGGCGGCGCCAAGAUGCUUCAUUCUAUCAAUCUUUUUGCUUCACUUAAGCUUUUAAUCAGUCAUCUGGUUGAUGAAAAUAAUCCUAAUCCUGCUGGGGGUUAUUUCUUUGCUAAUUACAAUGAAAAUGAUGUCCGCGCACAUCUCUUGGGUCUCGCCAUUGCGAUAAUAUCCUCAAUAUGUCAUUCUUUGCACGGCGAUUCUUCUGUUAUUGAUAUUUUUGGCCGUGCUUUUAACAACUAUUUUGCUGACAAGUCCCAUAUAAUUUCAUUAUGGCUUACUACACCGAACUUUCUUUAUGAUGUUCCACGGACAUCCCUGGCAGCUCUCCAGCUUUCCGAACAUGCUUUUUUGCUCAUUUGCUUGCUGGGUGGACAUCAAGACUAUAGACAAAAAGGGCUGAAAGAAAUAGAUUCUGAGCUCAUGCAGAAAAGCAUUCAUUUUCUGGCCUUUAUAAGCAAGGAAGGACAGCGUAUUGGAGAUUCAUGUAAUAGGACAGUACCCCUUUUCUGUUUUCCAACACUGAAAGAGGAGUCCGAGUUAAAUGAAAAGCCCUCUUUUGUUAGCAGUAAACAUGGAUGGUUUGUGGUUUCUGCUCUUGGUGUUUCAUGUAAAAAUAAAGUCAACAGUUCAUUAAGCACAGGCUUAUCUAUUGUCAAUACGGAUCAGGCAAAUGGAUGUGCUGAAGCUCAACCCACAUAUUAUUCUGAUGUUGUGUCUGUUCAAAUCUACAGGAUCACAUUUUUUCUUUUGACAUUUCUGUGCAUGCAAGCUAAAGCUGCAACUGAAAGGGCAGAGGAGGUUGGGUAUGUUGACCUUUCGCAUUUCCCUGAUCUUCCCAUGCCUGAGAUAUUACAUGGCCUCCAGGACCAAGCAAUCGCCAUUGUUGUGGAUGUGUGUGAAGCAAGAAGUUCAGAUUUUACUGAAGAGACGGAGAGUGUAUGCCUUCUGAUGUUACAGAUACUGGAGAGAUCCCUGUACUUGGAGUUUUGUGUGACGCAGUCAUGUGGUAUCAGGCCUGUAACUGGACGCGUUGAGGAUGUUUCCAGGGAAAUUCAAUCCUUGAUACAAGUUGUCAAGCAGCACGGAAAUCUCCAAGCUUCAGUAGCUUCGCUGAUGCAGAUACUAACGCUUGUUUACCCGGGAUUAAUCCAAACAAGCAGCCUUCUGUAAAUUGUGAGAAAUCUCAAUCCAACCUUCACCGCGCUGCUUUUCCUCUUAUUCCUUCUCGUAUUGCAUAAUAUGUACCUCUGAUUAUUCUGCUGAUGAAGGACUUUGGGUUCCAGAUGCUGAUUUAUAUCAUUCUCGUGUUCUUCGGCCGUAAAGUAAUCCUGCGUAAUCUUUGAGAUUUGAUUUCAGGAUAAAAAAAAUGAAAGCUUUCUCCCUCUCUCUCUCUCUCACCCAUAUUUUUGAGACAAAAAUGCUAGGUAUUUAUUUAUGUAUUCGGUAUGUUGGAGAGGGACUGUCAUUUUUUGAUGUAUGAGGUUUGAGCUGGUUAAUGAUCAGUUGGUUUUUGAACAAUGGUGAUACAAACUGAAAGGUAUUC